UCUCAAAUUAGUAGUACACUCACAUUAUUACAUGAUCCAACCAAAGAAGCUUAAUAGCUUCUCUUGAGUUUCAAUUGUAUCUUAUUCAGUGAUUGAUUUUAGGAAUUUGUGUAAUGCAGAUUUUCACUCGAAGCCAAGGAGCACUUGUGUGCUUUUGGCUGUCUCUUGCUUUUUUGGUAAUAGGAUCUUGCCAUAGUACAGUUGAGGUAGUUGGCAUUGGAGAAUGCGCAGACUGCAAGCAGAACAACAUUAAAACUAGUCAGAUUUUCUCAGGGCUAAAAGUAACAAUAGACUGCAAGGAAGAAAGUGGACAUUUUAAAACAAGAGGGGCUGGUGAGCUUGAUAACAAUGGAAAUUUCAAAGUAUCACUUCCAGAGGACAUUGUUAAAGAAGGUGAACUGAAAGAAGAGUGUUAUGCUCAGCUGCAUAGUGCAUCGGCUACACCAUGUCCUGCUCAUGAUGGUCUGCAAGACACCAAAAUUGUGAUUAGUUCAAAAUCUGAUGAGAAACAUACUCUCAGUACUGCUGCUGCUGGUAAACUUAAGUUUUCAUCAGCAACAUGUGCUUCAGCAUUUUUUUGGCCUUUUUAUAAACACCCUCUUUUUCCUAAACUUCCUCUUCCUCAUUUCCCACCUAAAGUUUUUCCACCAUUUCCACCAAAGUUUUUCCAUAAGCAUCACCCUCUCUUUCCUCCUAUUCCUAUCUACAAGAAACCUCUCCCUCCACCUGUGCCUAUCUAUGAGAACCCUCUCCCUCCCCCUACGCCGGUAUAUGAGAAACCUCUCCCUCCUCCUGUCUAUGAGAAACCUCUCCCUCCACCGGUCUACGAGAAACCUCUUCCUCCUCCUGUCUAUGAGAAACCUCUCCCUCCACCUGUCUAUGAGAAACCUCUUCCUCCUCCUGUGCCCGUUUAUCAUAAACCGCCUACGCCUGUUUAUCAUGAACCGCCUACUCCUGUUUAUCAUGAACCGCCAACACCUGUUUAUCAUAAACCUCCUGUGCCCGUUUAUCAUAAACCGCCUACACCGGUUUAUCAUGAACCACCUACGCCCGUUUAUCAUAAACCGCCUACGCCUGUUUAUCAUAAACCUCCAACGCCGGUUUAUCAUGAACCUCCUACGCCUGUCUAUCAUAAACCGCCUACGCCAGUUUAUCAUGAACCGCCUACGCCUGUCUAUCAUGAACCUCCUACGCCUGUCUAUCAUGAACCGCCUACACCUGUCUAUCAUAAGCCGCCUACGCCUGUCUAUCAUAAACCGCCUACACCAGUUUAUCAUGAACCGCCUACGCCUGUUUAUCAUAAACCACAUCCACCACAGGUUCCAGUCAAGAAACCUUGUCCACCAAAGGUUGAACAUCCAAUUCUACCACCUGUUCCAAUCUACAAACCUCAUCCUUCUCCAGUUCCAAAGCCACUUCCACCGCCUGUUCCGGUCAAGAAACCGUGUCCACCAAAGGUUGAGCAUCCCAUUCUACCACCUGUUCCAGUAUACAAACCUCCAGUAGUAGUUCCAAAGCCACCUGUGGUUCCAAUAUACAAACCUCCAGUAGUAAUUCCAAAGCCACCUGUGGUUCCAAUAUACAAACCUCCAGUAGUAAUUCCAAAACCACCUGUGGUUCCAAUAUACAAACCUCCAGUAGUAGUUCCAAUCAUCAAGCCCCAUCCUCCUCUUGUUCCAAUCUAUAAACCACCAGUUGUUAUCAAACCUCUUCCUCCUUUCCCAAAGUUUCCUCCAUUCAAUAAACCACCAUUUCCACCUCUUCCCAAGUUCCCUCCAGUGCAUGAUUUUUUCCAUCACCCCAAGUUCGGAAAAUUGCCUCCAUUGCCUCCAAAAAGCUUCUUCCAUCACCCCAAGUAUGGCAAAUGGCCACCAAUCCAUAAGAGCUUCUUCCAUCACCCCAAAUAUGGAAAAUGGCCAACGGAUCCAAAAAGCUUCUUCCAUCACCCCAAGCUUGGGAAAUGGCCACCAUUAACUCCUCAUCACUAAGAGCCAUGUUUGAGCUUAUAUAAUACUUUCACUGCUUUUCGUCUUCUUCGCUUGUUUAAAUACUAUCAUCGAUCAAUUUGGAAAUAAAGCCUUCGAGGGACAUAGAGUGUGUGGGCAGAAAAACAGACAUAGUACGAUGUUGUUUGAAGAAGUUUGAUGAAGCUGAGUGUAAUCACUUGUUCCGGAAUUAUUUUUUCUUAAAAUUACUUUCAUGUAUAUAUAAUUGUGUUAUUUGUGAUGGUUUUCUCACUUUCUGUCUUUGUAUUACGAAUUCUUACUUUAUGUUCAAUUAAUAAAUCCAUUUGUAUCGUUAAUCAUUACAGUUAAAAAGUUUGUAAUA